AUGGAAGCGGCGCGGAGACAAGAGAAAUUUCCCGCUUGGUUUUUCUUCUGGCGCAACGAAACGGUUCGGAUGAUAUCUAGGAUGGCUGAGCAACUGCAUCAACCGAAUGAGAGACGCGGUUGGUGCAGAAUAGAGCAAAUAAUGAGGAGUCGCCGCCCCCUACACACACACACACAUAAUGUGAAGUUUAGUCGGAACAGCUCAUACCUCGCGUGGUGGAUAAACGUUUGGCGCCCAGUGAUACGCCCGGGCAGUGAUGCGGUAUCGUUCCAGCGAUUAACGUGGGUUGCUCAUGCGACGGGGAAAAAAAUCUGUAGAAAGGGUUGGACAAGGAACGAGUUGGAAAAACGCCUCAGAACGCGAUGGGAAUGUCGGGGAUUGUGCAUAUCCUUUGUAUGCGCGUGA